GCUAGUUUAUUUACAAGCAGCUGUUUUGUGAAUUUAGUGCAUAAUUUUAUUUUGUCGGCAUUUUAUUUAAAGAAAUAAAUUAAAAGAAAUAUCAGGAAUAUACCUACAUUUGAUAUUAUAAUUCUCAACAUGAAUGCUAUGACAAAUGUGAAGAAUGUACUUAAGCUCAGUGCAACUGAUUUAAAAGGUGGCAAGAAAUCAUGGCAUGAUAUGUAUAAGGAUUCAGCAUGGAUAUUUGUUGGUGGUUUACCUUACACCUUAACAGAAGGCGAUAUAAUCUGUGUUUUUUCACAGUAUGGCGAAAUUGUUAAUAUUAAUUUGAUAAGGGAUAAAAGUAGUGGAAAGUCAAAAGGUUUUUGCUUUAUCUGUUACGAAGACCAACGUUCCACUAUCUUGGCAGUUGAUAAUUUAAAUGGUAUUAAACUACUUGGGCGUACAAUACGCGUGGAUCACGUGGCCGAUUAUAAACCACCAAAGGAGAAUGAGAAAAUGGACGAGGAGACACUUAGAUUGUAUAUAGAGGGUUGUGCACCAAAAGCAGUGGUGCAAAAAAAGGAACGAUAAUAAAUAAUGUAAUAAUUAAACAAAUUUAGUUAUUUUUAAUGAAUAGUAUUAUAAGUAAGCGGGUUGUCGCACUCAAAUAUGCCUAAAUAUAACCUUGGUCACAUUGCUAGUUUGCUUACUUUCUUUGGCUGCUUGACUGUCCAAAUGGCAAAAAAUAAUAUAAUCAAAUCUUAAUUGAAAGUUUAUGAUUUUUUUUUAUUUUAAAUUCAUGUUUUAUUUUAUUUUAUAAAAAUGCUUACUUCCAAUUAUAAAUUAGACAUUUUCAGACUUCCUUGAAGUAAAAUUUUGUUACAUUAAUUAAACAAAAAAAAAAUGGUUUAUCACAACGUUUCUAGAAAUAAAUGAUUCUAACGUGCCAUUACUGGGCAGACGAAUAA